AUGGGGCUGGGGAUGCAAAGAAGUUUUGGAAUGAAAGAUGCAAAAGAUGGUGAUGCAAAAUUUUGGCUUCCCAAGGAAAAAUUCAGUAGGGUUUCUAACUUUUCCACCAAAUUGUGUAUGAAGCGUGUAUCAAAAGUUGUCUGUGGUGCUGGAAAAGAACUUCAGCUGGUUGUCCUCAAUCAUCUGCAGCCUGCUGUAGAAAUUAUUGGCUUUAGAAUUGGUGAGCUCAGGGGUCUUUCGAGAUGGCGCUCUCGUUACCUGGGUAUUGGUUUGGAUGAGACACUGGUGGACAAUGCAGUAGAAAAGGCUGGAAUGCUGCUUGUACAGGUUGAGCGAUUCAUAAGGGUGGUCUCAUCUGUUGUGCAGCAGUUUGCAAAUUUCUUCAGCUGGCUUCUGAAAUGUAUAAAGCAACUUAUGUCAGAGCCAAGUGAUCAACUUUUAAUGUACAAUAGUGAACUUGUUGUCGUGUUCUUGAAGUUUCUGUAUGAUCAAGAUCCUGUUAUGCAGAUUCUGGAUUUAUCUGAGGCUGAUGAAGAAAUUGACAUUGAUUUAGAAACAAUGGAGAGAGUCAAAGAAUUAGUACAAUUUGGAGGAUUUAAGGACAGCAAAUGUUUGCGAAGGACACUUGCAAAGGAGUUUCAACUGAUGGAACACAGUUUCAAGGAAGCUGCCCAGAUGCCUUUUUCUACUAUUUCAAAAAAGAUAUGUUGUAAGAAUUUAUUGCCUCUAUUCCCUCUUACAUCAGUUUCAGCAUCCACCCGAUACAUUCCAAUUUCACUGUCCUUCUAUGAGGAUGCCUCUGAAUUUGCUUCAUCUAAUCUGACUCAUGAAGUUGGGUUUACAGACUAUAUUUCCUUCCAAUUACCUGACGAGUCUUUUUUAGAUGUUACAAACUGUAUAGCUGUAGUGAGGGGAUCUAUGAAUGAUUCAAGCAAUGUGAAGCAGGGAAGACCUUUGGAAGCAAUCUUGUUGUGCAUCCCCUAUGGUUACCAUUGUGUGGAUUUGGCUCUAUAUAAGGACCAUCAAAUUGUUAUGUUGCUAAAUAAGAUGAAUGAUACUGGUGAAAAUUUGGGAGAUGCCUGGAUGAUGAUCUUGCAGGCCAGUGACCUUCCAUUUGUGCACAUUUCAGGAACCACUCGGGCAAAUAACUGGGAGUUGUACCAAUUAAAGGACUCUAUAUUACACCUAGAUGUGGAGAAUGAGAAGAUUCGCAGCAUUCCCCAUACUGUUGUUCCUCCCUUCUCAGUUAGUGCAAGUAGAGGUGUGGCUUGUGUUUUAGCUGCAAGAAAAUGGGUCCUGGUCUACAUACUGGACGAGGAUGAAGAUGAAAUCUCUGAUUCAGAAUGACUGUUUGUUCAAGAUUUUGUGGUAGUUAUGCCCGUGUUGCUCCUGUGGGUGGGCCUCUGCUCUCCGAAGAUGCAGACAUCGGUGUGAGAAGCAAUGCAUUUUGGCUUUUGUGACU